UUAAUAAAACAACAUUUAUUGGAAAAUACAUAAAAAAUAAUAUAUAUAAAGUGUUGGACAUGUGAGUUUUUGUAUUAUGCCAAGUGGACGAAGAAAUGCUAGUGGUCGGAGUGCUCCGACUAGUAAAUCACAAUUUAGUCUUACUUCAUCCAUUGGAAGAAGUAACAGUGGUGAUAGAGUACUUGGAAGUGGUGGAGAUGAAAAAAAAUUAGAUGAUAACUUUGGAAAACUGUUAGCACCAAAACAUGUACCUAUUCCAAUGGUACCGGUUGAUGGACCAUUGACAUUUGAAGCCUUGUCAUUAGUCGUGUCAAUUAUUGCCGCAUGUUUACAAUUAUUAAAUUUGUAUAGGACUGUCUGGUGGUUAUCUCAUUCAUAUAAUUCAUACAGCAUGAAUUUUUAUCUCAUAGAUCCUUAUCUUCUCAUAUUUAUUAUUACUAUGGUAGCACGAAGAUUUGUUUAUACAUUGUUAAGACGAUUAGUUGAUUUUUCAUCCCCAACUCGUUGGUUUCAUAUAGCUCAAAAAUUAAUGAGGAUAACUUUAUUAUUUAUUGUUUUGAGUAUAUUACUUUGGUGUUUGUAUCAUAUGGCGGAAAAGUACAAUUUAAUGAAACUUUUUUAUUUAUCUUAUCCUAUAAUUGUAUAUUUUUUUACAUUUGGUAUGAGUAUAUCGCCAUUCUUUGAUAUGUCAGCGGCACCUCGACACAUUAAAGAAGAUAAAAGAAUGAAAUAUUUGUUAGAUACACCUUUACACAAUUGUUCAUUAAGUGCAUCAGCAAUCAGAGCCGAAGUUUCAACUUUUAGUUCAGAUUUUAAUCAUAGAUUAAAAAUAGCGUUAUUUGCGUCAUGUACUACAGCUUAUAUUUGCGGUAUUGCACCUAUCAUAUUUGUACCACAAUCCUUACAUUUUAAUGUACAAUGGGUAGUACAAUAUGUUGUGUUGUUUUGGCUUGGAAGAAUAAGUGCUCAUUUUGCUCAAGCUUAUCCAGUAAGGUAUUGCGAUGUAUUACAUAGAGCAGCCCUUCAUUUAGGGCGUUGGGUAAAAAUUGAGAAUCGUAAUAGCACCAUAUACGUGCAAUUAUGGAACGAUGCCAUUUUAUGGCCACACGGAUCGAUUGUAAAAUAUAAAAAAGAAACAUAUCGUUCGGAGGGUCUUUGCACUGCUGCAGAACCAGGAAAUCGAAGUCAUUAUAGGUUUCAUAUUUUAUUCAGUAAUCCCACAAUGCUUCUAUGUACGUUGCUGGGUCUUCAACUUCUGCUUGUUGGUACACAAUUAUUUAUUUUAAUACGCACAACAGAAUGGUACCAAGUACUAUCUAUGACGUUAUUACUUGUAAUCAAUUAUUAUACAUUAUUUAAAGUAACAAGAGAUUAUCUUGUUUGCUGGAAGGUAUAUCGUGCUGAACAAAUCAUACAAGGAAAGUGUCAGAUGGUAAUUAAUUCCAACACUCAAUAAACGAAUGAGAAAAUUAA